AUGGGGAGCAGCGUAUCGAGCUUAAUGAAACGUUACAGCAUUGGAUCAUCGGCCAGUGCCACUCAGCUCGUUCUGGGUCCUGAAGCCCCGCCGCCGAAGCCCGGUUCCGAUCGAUAUUGUUGGAAGUGUAAAAAGCCCAAUUUCCUUCUAAGUCUAAGUCCAAAAAGUGGAAUGGUCUCAUGCUCGACUUGUCCGCGUAGUUUCCACGCGAAACUUUUGUUCAAUCCAUUCGACAAAUCAGCGUGCAGUGGGUAUGACGAAAAGGUUUCGCACCAUGUCGAUUUAUGCGUAUUGCGCGAGCGUAACGACAAACAGCAAUAUGCCUCGACUGAAGCAUUUUUGUCGGACCUAAGCUGGAUACAGCACAAUAUGCAAAUCGUUGAAGCUGAAGAUCCGAACUUGAUCCAGUGCGCGAAGCAGAUUUACAAGAAGGCGAAAAAACAAAUGAGUGAGAUUGAUCUCUGCUACGAAUGUUAUAUAAACAUUCAGUUCAACGAGAAGUGGUUCGAGCUGGCCUGCUCCAAGCCUCAUCUACUGGUGUGGGCCAAACUGAAAGGGUAUCCCUACUGGCCGGCCAAGGUGUUUGCAAAUGCAAGUCUCCUUAACCAGGUGCUGGUACUGUUCUUCGGAGCACACGAUCGGGCCACGAUAGCACCCAAGGAUUGCUUCCUGUUUUCGGAACAAGACCCGAACAACAAACCCGCGAAACGGCCUACAUGGGACACCAGCAUGAACGAGGCACGUGCACAUAUUUCACGCUUAAUCGAACGUUUUGGUACGUUCCGAUACGCCCAGAACCACACGCAGCUGGAUGUGCGCCGAGUCGACGAGUACACGAAAAAUAUGAUUCCCGGCGCGUUCGCUUCCCUUCAUUCGACCGUGGAAAGGAUUGGAGCGAUUGAUGCGCCAAUCGCACGGCCACCAGCGGGCAGCGGCGAUGGAAGUGAGCCGCAUUCCGGUACCGACUGCGCGGCCAAGACUAAAUUAACGAUGAAAAUUUUGAAAAAUUCCGGCAAAGUAGUAGCCAUUUCUUCGCUAACAACACCGGAAGCAAGUGGCCCGGCCACGAAUAUUGAGUUCCCAACUGGGGGAGGAACAUCGACGACCGGUGAGAAACUUUCCGACGAUACGGCUGGUGGUGGUGCCAGCGGAUCUCUCCACUCUCAGCCCGCACCACCCGAAGUACCUUCGAUCAAACGAAUAACGCGACGAAUGUCACGGAAGAGUGUGUCUGCCAAGGAAUACGACAGUGCAGUGGAAGACCAAUCGGUCCGAGGUACCGGAAGCUUCGCUGAAUUGAGAAAGAAAAGGAAGAGCGUUGGCAUGAUGGACACGGAGAAGCGUUUGGAGCAGCAGCAGCAUCAACAGCAGCAGUCGCAGCCCCGCGAAAGUGACAAAGUAGAAUCGCUGUUGAUACGACGAAAUUCCGCCACCUGGGAAACGGAACCGAUUUCAAAGCGCCGUAAAUCGACGGCCAAAAAUCGCGGUCGGCCGAAGACACCUUCUGCCUCCGGUGCUAAUCAUGCAGAAGGUGGCAGGGAAACAUCUGAGCACGAGGCGGCGUCGCAGGAGACGCGUUUGAUGACAACCGGGAAAGAGCCAGAAUGUGUCUCCAUUCCAAUUAGAAAACUCUUAUUGCGUCGUAAAUCGGUAGCUCACUGUCUGCGUCCUUCGCCUGACACAGAAUCUCUUCCGGUUGAAGCUGCACCGAGCCUUCCCGUGGACAACGGGUCGACGAUGCCAAGCGCAGUAGAUGAGCCACCACUCCAAGGCCCGAGCACCGUUACACCACCACAACCUGGCACCAGCGAUUUGGCUUCUUUGUUAACAGUUGAAACUGAUGAGUCACUAAAUGUGACCGCUGAAACAGCACUACUAGACCCGAAUAUGAUCAUUCCGGCCGAAAUCAAACAGGAGCCCGUUUCAGAAUCCGAGGAUAAUUUAUCGACGACUGAAGAACUGUCGUCUGUGCAGCUGGCAGCAACUGUGGCGGAACCAAGGAACACACGUCAGAGCAUUUCGACAGACACCUCCAACGGUGCCCAACAGUGCGCUGUCGAUCAGGGCCUGGCGAGCGGCAAAGACGACACGCCGGUGCCGCAGUCCCGAAACAAGUCCAAGGAGACGGACGCCGAAUCGUCGUUCCAACAGAGUGUGGUUGGCCAGCGGGCACGCAAAACGUUUCCUGCUGGUAACAAAAACGCACCGAAGCACGUUGGCAGCAGCGCCACUUCCACCGGAGGUUCCACUGACCCUAAACAGACUCCAGUUCCCCAUAUGGUGAACAUUCCCAACCCGUUGCCUACUUCUCUUGGCAAUGGAUUUAAACCGGAGUUCACGAUCACCGGUUCAAGGGCCGCUAUGGCGGAAUCCGGUAUCGUUGGUCCUGCGGUUUCCAUUUUGAUGGUAUCCAACACCGGCGGCAACAGCAGCAACGGGUGCGCAGUAACACCCGUACCAACGCCAACGACGUCCGCAGUUCCGACAUCAACACCGGUGCCGCCAGCUACUGGUGCCCUUAGUUCGCCGAUCGCCACCACCAAGAUUGAGAAACAGUACGGUGCCUCAUCGGAGUGUUUACCAAGUAGUGCUACGGAUGUCCACGGAGAAGCGGAUGUCGAAUCAUUGGCCACUUUGCGGCCUCCUCCACUGCAGGCCAAACCCACGGGGGCUCCGAUCCCCGGUAACACGGGCGAGGCCGUUUCGCAAUCUCGAUCGCCACCGAUGGUUUCGGAUUUGGUGGUCCAGGCCUCUGGUCGGAUGGCCGAUUACUGUCAGCGGUUGUUGGAAGAAAUGCUGACCAAGUUCACGUCGCAGGGUUCACUGGAGGCAAAGUUGGCACAGCUUCAUUUGGAGCUGGAAAACGCCGAAAAACGGCACCAACUGGAGCGGGCAAGGUUAACCCAGGAGCACGCCAAGAAGCUGGCAGACGAGCGGCUGAAACUGGAGCAAGAAAAGGACGCUGCUAUUCGCGAGGUGCGCCAGAUCGCUGCCACGGAGAAGGAUCGGGCCGUGGCGCUGGCAAAGAAAACACAAUGGUGCAAGCGGUGCCCGAAGGAGGCGAUGUACUACUGCUGCUGGAACACGUCCUACUGUGACCCCAACUGCCAGCAGAGCGAUUGGUCUUCGCACCAGAAAGUGUGUACCCAGGUACAGAACCGUGCCGAGAGACCGUUGGUGGCUGGCGGUGGCAGUACGGUGGGCUCUGGUUCGCCCGACAACUUGGGCGCUGCGUCGGCCGAUGUGAUCGUGUUGGACGAUUCACCCGUGCGCGCUGGAAGCGCCGGUCGAAAGCGACCUUCAGCGCGAAUUUCGCCGUCGUCGGGAGCCAAAGCACGCCUCAUACCACGAUGCUCGUUGAAUGGCACCAUCACAUUCACGAAAGCGAUGCAGAUUUCCGAUGUGGUCGGCAACGCGACCGAAAUGCAUGGCGAACGCAGGCAUGUGUCUUCCGGCGUUGUGUUGCCGAGCAGCUCCGCAGGGCCAGUAAAUGCGACGGCAGUACGCAUCACAAUGCCAGCGAAUCGACCAACACCGCCAGUGAUUGCGCCGAGACGGUCGACCAGUCAACAAACGGCCGAACGGCCCAAGUCGAACAGCAGCACCACACAGAAUAACCCCUAUAUGAGAGAACGGUUGUUCAACAACAAUUCGAUCGCAUCGCUAGACAGUGGGCCAUCGAGACUGACGGCUUACACUGUGCUAAGCGCGAACCAUACCGGUGCUACCACCGGUGCAGGACCCAGGGUUUGGAAUCAGUUCUACUUGCCCUCGACAUCCGACUACACAUGAAAUGAUGCCACCCGGCGGGCUGCCCUUCCCAACGGCACGUGAAGGACGACGUUUCGCACUGAUCAUCACAAUAAUUAGAAAACACGAAGUCCAGCGAGCAUGAAGUGGUGCAAUACAGGGGCCGAAAAGGAAGGAAACUAGUUUUACUAUCUUUACUAUUAGUUUACUCUCACAAACUGUACACUGUAAUUGGUUCGAAAUAAUUUAUAAAAAAAUAUCUCCAAUAAAACCUAGAA